CAUCACGUCACGCGACAGGGGACUAUCAGACUCACUUUCACUCCGCUUCAUACUACCACCAUCUUCUCUUGAUAUCUUCCACCAUGGUCCUAUCUCGCCGCGGGAGUGGUAGCAUUACGCUGCCGUCGGGUCAGACGAUGACGAUCCAUACUCGAACGCACGAGGAGGAGGAUCUGCCUCAUGCUACCAAAAAGACUAUGGCAGACCAUUUACGGAAGUAUGAUAGUCUGUUUACACUAACGCCACAACGCAUGCGCAUGGUCGUAGAGGCAUUUAAGGAUACGCUCGAACUGGGUCUACAAAAGCCACAACAGCCUAUGAUUCCGACCUAUGUCUUUGGAUGGCCAACUGGCACAGAAAUCGGCGAUUUCCUCGCUGUCGACCUCGGCGGUACUAAUCUUCGUGUUUGUCUCGUGAAUCUCCAGGGUGAAGGGAAAUUCGAAAUUACCCAAGCCAAGUAUCGUCUUACCGAGGAGCAGAAGCAAGAUGACGGCCAGAAACUUUUCGAUUUCUGUGCGGAAUGUUUGAAGACGUUCGUGGACACAAAUCUUGCCGAUGACAAUGGGGAAUUGUCGCUCAGACCAGGCGAGACAUUGCCUCUGGGCUUCACAUUCUCGUAUCCCUGCAGUCAAGAGAGGAUUGAUCAUGGUGUUCUCAUUCGCUGGACCAAAGGCUUCGGCGCUCCCAAUACUGAGGGUCGUGAUGUGGCCGAGAUGUUCCGCCAAUCCCUUGCUAAAUAUAAAUUGCCCAUUGCCUUGACCGCUCUCAUCAAUGAUACGACCGGAACCCUCAUCGCCUCACACUAUGUCAACCCAAGGACGAAGAUUGCUGUCAUCUUUGGAACGGGAUGUAAUGCGGCUUACAUGGAGAAGGUUGGUGACAUCGAGAAGAUAAAGUCUUUGGGAAUCGAUGAGGAUGCCGAAAUGGCAAUCAAUUGUGAAUGGGGUGCGUUUGACUCAUUUGAGCACGAGCAUUUACCUCGUACAAAAUAUGACAUCAUUGUCGACGAGACAUCCAACAAGCCGGGCGAACAGGCUUUUGAGAAACUGAUUUCUGGACGGUAUCUUGGAGAAAUCCUACGAUUGGUUAUUUGUGAGCUGAUUGACGAGGGUGUCCUUUUCCUUGGCCAAGAGACAUACAAGCUCGAAAUACCUUAUGUGUUUGAGACCGCGUUCUUGUCACUGAUGGAAAGCGACCCAACUGAUGAGCUGUUGAUGAUCAUUGGGAUCUUUACACACUUUUUUGCCGUCGAGACGACUCUUGCAGAACGCCAGUUCUUCCGGGCCCUUGCGAAGCUCAUUGGGCGACGGGCAGCUCGUUUGAGUGCCUGCGGUAUCGCUGCCAUUGUAAGCAAGAUGGGAUACCUAGAUGAGGGCUGUUCAGUUGGUGCUGACGGUUCCUUAUACAAUAAAUAUCCUGGGUUUGCCGACCGAGUCCACGAAGGCUUACAAGACAUCUUCGGUGAUAAGGGAAAGAACAUUGUCACAUACCAUGCUGAAGAUGGAAGUGGUGUAGGAAGUGCCAUCAUUGCCGCCAUGACGAAGCUCAGAAAGGAUGUUGGUCUGUACAAUCACGUGUAGGCGCAAGGCAUUGAGACACUUGGACUUUGACAGAAAAUCAAGUAGAAGAAGCCAUGUAUGUCUUUUCUAUGUACUUUACUCUGUUCUUGUU